AUGAACGAUCCUGUUGUGCCCAAAUCCGCCUUCAAGGAGGACGUCAGAGGCAAGUUCGCAGGAACCGAAAAUGCGUACCUCUUGCCGCACCAUGUGGAGGAGGUGAACCGGUUGCAGCGCCAGCAUGCAUUUAUUGCAACUCACACCGGUGGAAAAUUGACCCAUGCUAAGCUGCCCAAGGGUGCAAGCAUAUUGGACGUUGGAUGCAGUGACGGCACGUGGCUUGCCGACUUGGCCGGCCUUAGAGGCGACGGUCCGGUCCGUGAGGAUCUGAAGCUAUGUGGAGUUGAUAUCGGGGAUGCGCUGUUUCGAAAGGAUGACCGACUUGAUCUGAAAAAGCAUGAUAUCCGAUAUCCCUUUCCGGAAUCAUGGGGGUGGAAGAACAAGUUUGAUCUCGUGCACCAGCGCCUGCUGGUUUGGGGAAUCAAGGCCAACGAAUGGGAUGUGGCUGUGAAGAAUCUCGUUGACACUGUCAAACCUGGUGGAACGAUUCAGCUGGUGGAGGCGGAGUGGGUCAAGCUUGAUGGUUACACAGAUGAGCAAGUCCAACAGAAGAAGCUCGCUCUUGUGCAGGAGUGGUCUGCAGGUGCGGCUGGUAUGGACGUUCACAUUUGGAAGCGCCUCCCGAGCUUGCUCGAGUCGCUCAACCUGAAGGACAUCCACGUCGAGAGCUUUCCUCUGGGAUACGGUGCGACGACGGCGCGACCAGAAGAUCGUGACUGGACCGGGGAGUUGCUACCAGAGUCGUUCCGCCAAUUUGCAGGAAUCAUGCCAGCCGAUGGCAUUCCGGGGGUGGCAAAAACGCCCGAAGAGUAUCUUGCGUGGCUUGACGACUUGAUCGUGGAGUUCAAGGCGAUCGGGUACACCCCUAUCGUGAAGUGGGUGACGGGCAAGAAGUCCGCAUAG